GGUAGCCACCCAGUGUUAUAAACGUCUGAAUGUUAUUGUAGAUAGAUACUUUAUAGGUUAGAAAAGUAGAUGUUUGUUUGGUAAGAAUUUGGUGGUUAAUAUACGUUCUACACAGGUAUUAGAGUAGAUAGGUCAAGGUCGGAGACCAGUAAUGUUGUUUUUAAUCUUCAUAUAUACGCUUUUGGCUAUAUUUAGAGGAUAAAACUUACCGGAAUGGUAGGCCAUCAAUCAUCUAUAAAUCGUCGCAUUUAGCGCAUCCAUUGUUCGUUCCUGCAUUGUGCUGGGACAUAAAUACCUUGUUUUCUUUGGAGUUUACACAUUUCACAAUUGAAAUACAUUUGUACAUGGUUACACUACAUAUAAAUAGCUUUGACUUGGUAAAGCGGGUUGAAUCGGUGUUGUUUAUUACUGUCGCAGUAAACAUUGACGUCUGUCAAUGACAGUUGGUUUGUUGUCUGUGGUUUUGCACAGACAAUCAGUCAUACAUAAAGAGUAUUUAUGAAUAAACAUUUAGUAUGUGUUCUUUUAUAUUUUGCAAUUCGUAGUUAUAAAUAAUGUCCUUAUUUUUAGCUUUCGAAAUUAGUAAUUCUUUUUAUUUUUGGUGACUUCGGUUUUCUGUAAAUUGGAUCCGGUCAGUUGCGAUGUCAUUGAAUGGGAGGUUUUCCAUUCACCACUUUGUCUGUGGCUUUGCUAUUUCAAUUUCGCUUCAUCACUACUAUCUUGCGUGACAAGAUGUAAGACGUAAUUUCGACAUCAGGUCGGCAAUUAAUUCAUGGGGUAUGUAUUUUAUUUAAAGAUUGUAUUUCCUAAAACUCGGUUAAAUUCGGUGUUCAAUGUUUUAAUCGUUGAUAUAUUUUGUUCCAGCUUGGCCCAAAAUAUGAUUAACCUAGCUUCCUAUGCGCCGGUAAUGGCGGCAUAACCUUUUCACCUCUUUCAAACCAACUUGGUGAGUUGUCCACACUUUCUAAAUAUACGGAAGGAAAGGCGAAGUUGUUUAUUGUCAAUUGCAAUUAGCUAAUGUCGUGUUUUGGUGUGAUUUUCCAGCAAUCCCUUGACAAAGAUGAGACAUCAUUUUGUUUCACCGCGUGCGCAUACGUCGCCACGUCUGGUGUCUAAUAUAAGGGACUCGGCUUAGAAACCGGGUUCCUUUGGCUAGGCCUGUCCUUUGGCUAGGCCUGUCUUUUGGCUGGGCCUAUCUCUUCCCUUGGCUCUUGGCCCUAUGGCUUUUGGAAGAUCUAGGGUGGUGUCGCACCCUGCUAGUUGAGAAGCCGUCUUCUCCACUUAAUUUUUGGACUCGAGGUGAAGUGUUUAUACGAUAAAACUGUGAGUUAAAAACUUAUAUUUACAUUAGUGACUGUGUUCCUUUGCUGGAAAGGAUAAACAAUAUUUAAGUCUGAAUUUCUUUUUAACGUGAACUUUCUACAUGGUAAAUUCUAUUAUUAAUAUGAAACCUGCAAUUCCUAUGUAGGAUUUUGUGUGUAUUACAGGCCCAAAUAUGCCUGAGAUGUACUUAAGUUAAAUUUAAUUAGUAAUAGUUACGGUACGUAAUUUAAAUGUUAAGUCUCGAGGCCGCAGCAGGUCUUAUUGUGAUGUAAAGUGAAUAAAAGUAUUUAGUAAAUAAAUUUGUAUUUUCAUUUGGAUAUGUCAUACGUUUGAUGAGUAUAGUAUCCUGGCGUCCUACUUUAAAUAUUUGGAUAUCUAUUCUCACUCCAUAGUGGCAGAAACCACGACCCUAUCUAUGCUCGUAGUUAGCCGUAAGCAUUUUUGAAUUUUUAAGUAGGUAGAUCUUGGGGGUUCUGGACCACUUACCCAGAGCUCACCCUCCCCUAUUACAGUGGCGUGCCCAACGUAUGGCCUAUGGAGUAUGACAUUUCCAAGUGAAACAUUUUAGAAAUAUUUUAGUAUUAAGGUUUUUAUAUGUAAAGGGAAUUGCAAGUUGUUGUUUGAAAGUGUUGUUUGUGUUGGAGGUUAAACUUAUAAAUUUAACCAACUUAUAAAUAAAGCUAUACUUUAUACGCUAAAUAAUUAGCUAUACUUAAAGAGAUUUUCUCAAUAUUUUAAAAUACUUUAAAAGGGUUAAAAUCUAAUAAAAUUUUAACUUAUCUUUAAAAUAUUAUAACUCUAUACUGACUUACUUCUGAUAUUACAUAUCAAUCUUGAAAAAUGGAUUUCAUAAAAGAUGGUUGUAAAAUCACCCAUUUACAUAAAGACGAAAUGUCACAUGAAUUAGCGAUUCGCAGACUUCCGGUUAAUCCCAUCUCACGUAGAUCCAGUCUGUGUCAAGCUUUGAAACAGACUGCAGAUUUAGCCAAAAAGGGUAGUCUGAAGUUCCAGGACUUGGUAAUAAGUAAUGAAGCUUCCGAAUUAGAACUCUGUCAGCAUAAGGUAGAGGAGAUAGAGAUAGAAGCAAAAGGAGAAUUAUCAGCAGCGGCGAUCGACAGGCUAUCCUCGCGUUGCAAAUAUUUAUUGUGUCGUAUUUCACGGUUGCCUCAGGAGACCGAAGCGGUACUUCUGUUGAAAACGUUAAUUACUUCUUUAUUGGAUCGGUUGAAUGAGCAAGGCUCUUCUGCGUCGUCUGGUUCGGAUGAUGACUUUCAAUCUCCUAACGAAUCUCGUAUUGUUAGGGAGAUUAUUUACAAAACGGAUAAGACUUUUAAUAUAAAUUCUUUAAAUUUGAAAUUUAAAGGUGACACUUGUGUUCGUACUUUCCUGUCUCGCCUCGAAGAGUUGCGAGAUGCUAGAAGAAUUUCUGAAAGCCGAAUAUAUAGAGGUUUUCCUGAGAUUCUCGAAGGUCCUGCGUUGUCGUGGUUCCGGUCGCAACGUACGAAACUUACUACUUAUAAAGAAGUCACCGCGGCUUUACAAGAUGAAUUUGAUAUACCUGAUUUGGAUCAUCAGUUGUUACAGGAAAUACGGGCUAGGACUCAAGCCAAGUCUGAAACUAUUGUUUAUUUCGUAUCGACCAUUCUAGGAAUGUAUGAGCGUCUAGCAAAAGAGGUUCCUGAACAAGAAAAGCUGGAUACUAUGAUGAGAAACAUUCGUCCGGAGUAUUCCAAAGAUUUAGCUUUACAUGACAUAGGAUCGAUUGAGCAGUUGAAGUCGUUGUGUAAGCGCAUCGAACUAGCUCAGGUUAAGGCUAAACAAUUUCGUGAACCGGUUUUAUCAAACCAGUCAAAUAAUUCUUCAUCAGAACAUCCACCAAAGAACGUUGAACCUAGGAAUAAGUCCUUCCAGUCUCGUUUUCCUAAUUCUUCCAGAAACUUUGUUGCUGCGGCAGCACAAAGCUCUUCUCAACUAAAAUGUUUUAGAUGUGGUAGGUCCAACCAUAACACUAAAGAGUGCAAGAGCUCUAGAGAUAUCGUUUGCUUUAAAUGUGGAGAAAAAGGGGUGAAAACUCCCGAAUGUGUCAAAUGUAACUCCAAGACAAAAAACUAAAUAAGGUCUUUUCUGCUAAUAAUAAAUGUCGAUCUUCUGCUCCCUAUCGCGCAGAAAAGACGAUUUUCUUUAAUCCUCCUAAGGGAGACAAUAGGGUAUAUGCGCUAUUGAAUAUACUUAACUUGAAUUUCAAGGCAUUGUUAGAUUGUGGUGCCAGUGUUAGUUUCCUGGGCCACAACAGCCAUUUAGUAUUCGCCACAGGUGGGAUUCCUAUUCAAAAACAUAUGAAACCUGUUAUGGUGAACGUAGCUGACGAUCAUCGAAUCGUAUCUACUGAAUAUAUGGUUUUACCAGUAAAUUAUAAAGGUCAAGUUAAACUUAUACACUUUAAUAUUCAACCGGAGAUUGCCACUCCAAUGGUACUUGGUUUAAACUUUUGGAGAGCCUAUGGAUUAGCUCCAGGCCUCAUUACUGAUAUAGAAAAAACUGAUUCUCAUUAUAUUGCUAGUCUUGACGCUUUACCGUCAGAGACAGGACUUACUACUUAUGACUCUUUAUCUUCUGAACAAAAGUCUCGACUUGAGGCUACUAAAUCUCUUUUUGAUCAAAUUGAUACUGAUAAGGUUGGUUUGGGAAAGACUCACUUAAUUGAACAUGUUAUAAAUACCGGAGAUACUCCUCCGAUAAAACAAAAAUAUUAUCGACUUAGUCCUUUUAAACAAGCUGCACUAGCUAAAGAGGUAGAUCGUAUGCUGAAAGAAGGAAUUGUCGAACCUUCUCAUUCCCCAUGGAAUUCUCCUGUCGUUAUGGUGGAAAAACCUAACGGAGACUUAAGACUUUGUUUAGAUAGUAGAAAAGUAAACGCAGUUUCAAAAUCUGAUGCGUAUCCCGUACCACAUGUUCAAUACAUACUGGAUAAUUUACGCGAUGCGAAAUUCCUUACCUCUCUUGAUUUGAGUGCGGCAUAUCAUCAGAUUCCUCUUAGUGAAGACUCCAAGGAGAAAACUAGUUUUACUGUACCAGGAAAAGGGUUAUUCCACUAUAAUAGAAUGUGUUUUGGUUUGGUAGGCGCUUCUGCGACUAUGCAACGUCUCAUGGAUAACCUCUUUACUUCACAUUUUGAUCACAAAGUCUUCUGUUAUAUUGAUGACAUAAUUAUUUGUACUUCCGACUUCGAUGAACACAUAAGAUUACUUAAAGCGGUUUUUGAUAAAUUAAAAUCAGCAAAUUUAACUAUUAAUAUGAAAAAGUCAUCCUUCUGUAGGAGUGAACUGAAAUAUCUAGGAUAUUUAGUUGAUAGAUACGGUCUGCGAACCGAUCCAUCUAAAAUUGAUGUAAUUUUAAAUUUUCCUACGCCUAAAGAUGCUAAGGAUAUUAAACGUUUUCUUGGAAUGUGCGGUUGGUACCGUCGUUUCAUUAAUAAUUUCGCAAA